GUUGUAAGCAGCUGAUGAGAACCUAACGAAAUAAAAUGAGUUCGUAUUAUUCUGCACCAAUCUUUGUUCUUGCUCUAUUUAAGAUAAUAAAGGGAACUAUGUGUAUGAAAUUUGCCUGAUAUGUUAAAUUUUCAUCAGUGGACAACCAGGAGCAAUCCUCUAGUUAUUGAAUUUAAAACUUUUAGCUUUAUUUUUAACAGCUCUGAAUUCUUGUCAAUUAAAUUUCAUUUAGUAUCAUAUCCAAAAUGUCAUCAAACUUCAAAGGAUGAUAAUAUUUUACAAGUAAAUGAACUACCAAAUGAAGAUGAAUCAAAUUUCCUCAAAAAACUGAUUGAACAAGAUAUUCAAGAUUGGAUCAAACGUUUCCCAGAAUUGAAUUCGAUGUUUUCAAUAGAAAAUGAGAGAAAUGAAGAAAUAACAUCUACAUUAGAUGACAGGAAUCAAAACAAUCCACUAUUGAAUUUGAACAACGCACCAAUCGAAGAGUCAAAGAAAUAUCAGAAUGAAAUUUUAUCAGUGUGUAGAUUCAAAUUCUAAAAUGAUGAAUAAUCUAAAUAAAUAAAUUUAGAUGUACAAAAGGAGUAUAUAAUACUUCACUAAAUGUAUAAAUAUAUACGUCAGUAAGAG